AUGUACCCACUUGUAAACCGAAAGUGGAAAGUCGGAAAUUACUAAAGGCAGGUGUGCAGACUUUUGUUAGAGAUCUAGGUCAAACCACACAGAUAACCAGGCUAGCUACUGAGGGACCCAGGUCAACCUUACCAUCAGUCACAAUGGGAGCCAUGUCAGCCAUACAGGUCUCCAAACCAAGAACCAGAUAAACUACUUAAAAAACUGAAUUAAUCACACAGAGAACUAGGUCAGCAAGAGACAGCAAUACAUAGAAUCAAAGUCAGCCACAUAGAAAACUAGGUCAUUCAUUAAGAACCAGAUAAGCUACUCAAAAAACCGAAUUGACCUCACAGAGAACUAGGUCAGUAAUAGACAGCCACACAGAGUUAAAGUCAGCCAUUUAGAAAACUAGCCACAAUUGGCCACAAGGAAACCCACUCAGCCAUAUGAAGAACCAGGUCGGCCACAAGGAGAACCAGGUCAGACCGACAGAGAACCACGAUUAUGACUUGAAUUGGUGAUUCCAUUUGUCAUAACGGUGAUAUACAACCUGUAUAAUGGCCAGUCCUGGUGAUGAUAAUGGUAACCAUCAUGAGAAGGAAAGUGUCAUGGUCAUUUACCAACUUGAUGAAAACAAUGCUCCUGAAAUUGAUAUUCAGAAACGUGAAGAAGGUGCAGAGACCAGAGAUGGGAGAGUACAGAAUCCAGCAAACUCUUCUGGGACAGAAACACCUGACAUAAGGCCUGACAUUGAAGUAGAUGGGACACUGUCAGGCCUUACAUCUCGUACAGCUGACAAAAGUACAGACACUAGCUUUGAUGGGGUGCAUGCCUGGGGUUACAGGAUGGGUGUGGCUGACAGUCUUCACCUCUGCUAUCUUGAAGGUCCUGACUUUGUACAGAUAGCUAACUCCUGUACCUACAUAGAGGUCAACAUCAACAAUGAGCUUGUUCAAAAUAUCCGCAGCCAGGGAUGUCUAAAAGCUGAAGUAGCCAAUGGUCAGUCACUGGUGACAUUUAAGUGGGGUAGCUUGGAAAGGGAGAGAGAGUAUAUUCGAUGUGGACUGAAGACAGAACUGCAACCUAAGCUUCUGGAUAACUACCAGUGUCUCGAAAAUGACGUUCUAGAAUUACUCUUGCUUAACGUUGAUGACAAAAUCAAACUAAUCCUAGAACAUUUCUUAAGGGAGUAUGAAGCUUCCCUUUUAAAGAUAGUGGAGGGUUGUCUGGAGUUUGAGGUCCUAGUUCCUGAUGUUGAAGCCAAGGACAGACUCUACAGCCCCGACAGCCUUAGUAGUAUUGCUAAGUUCCUGGAGGAUCUUCUGGUAACUAAUACAAUCAGAGAGAAGGCAGGCCAUCACCAGGUGUCGUUCCAGGUCUCACCCCUGGUCAGUGACUGGUCACAGAUGCAGCCAUUUGAUAAGCAUAUGUUUCAGUUUAACACAAACAGAACAAGAGAAUCCUUGCCCGCUCUGACAGAAGAUACUUUGAGACAGUUAAUACAAACAGUUGUAUCACAGGAAUUACAGGCAGGCUUGUCCAAAAUGCAAGUAUCUUUAGCUGAUACAGUAGCAAGAGCUGUGUCAACUGAAAUGCAGAAAUUUAAGAAAUUGGAACUAGAAUUGUUUACAGAUGAGGCUGAGACAGGGAGAACCUCUCCAGAUCAUCACAGUCCAGGCUCAGGGAAUUCAGCUCUAGAGGGUCCCAGUCCAGGCCCAGGAAAUUUAGCUCCAAUGGGUCCCAGUCCAGGGCCAGGCAAUGCAGCUCUAGGGGGUCCCAGUCCAGGCCCAGGAAAUUCAGCUCUAGAGGGUCCCAGUCCAGGCCCAGGAAAUUUAGCUCCAAUGGGUCCCAGUCCAGGCCCAGGAAAUUUAGCUCCAAUGGGUCCCAGUCCAGGCCCAGGAAAUUUAGCUCUAAUGGGUCCCAGUCCAGGGCCAGGCACUUCAGCUCUAGGGGGUCCCAGUCCAAGGCCUGGACAUUUAGCUCUUAGGGGGCCAGCUCUAGGGGGUCCUAGUCAGGGGUCAAAGAGUUGGUCUCCAGGUCAUUCAAGUAAAUGGCAAGGGGACUCAAGUACAUCAAUAUUCCCACUUCAUGGGUCAGUCAAUACAUAUCAAGAUACUAAACCACCAGUUUCACUGCAUCAGGACCCAACAAGAGCUAUAAAGCAAAGAGAUACUAGUAAAGACCGUUUACAACAUACUGGAAUGAAACCAAGCUUUGCCAGCAUCUUAUUGGACCAGCAGGACAGGGAACAUUUAUGGCCUGAUCAAGCAGAGAGGGAAACAGCUGAGGAGACUUUUCAUUUAAAAGGAAACUAUGAACCUCUGGAUGAUGAUAUACAAAUGGCUGUUCAGUGUAUUAGGGAAAUGGUGGACAUACGACGGUUGGCUAGACUGAUAUAUAUAUCUCUAUCUGAUAUAGGUGAGGCCAGUGAGCUCUCCCAGGCCCCUGGUCUGAAUACUGUCUUGUGCCUUGACGUUUCUGACAGUAUGAAAAAUAAACCGCUCAAGGAACUGGUCAAAUAUGUAGGAAAACUCCGGGACGAAAUUGAAGACAAUACAGACAUUUCUCUGGAAGAAAAUGUUGGAGUGGUCCAGUUUGGGGGUGAUGUGAAAAUAAAACUAUUGCCAACCAAUGAUUACCAACGAUUGGAAGAUGCUGUAACAAACCUAGAGGCUGAAGGAGAGACAAGUCCAAUGCUGGAAGCCCUUCUCGCCAGUAUACUGCUCCUUUUCCACACAGACAAAGUACCAGACCCUUACUUCACUAUUGGUGAACAUCAUCGCUAUCGCUUGUACCCGAGGAUUAUCUUAAUGACAGACGGUCUGACCACAGAGGGAGGUCAAACAGAAGGCAUGGACUGGAUCUCAGAGAAG